AUGUCGUCAAGACCAUAUAUGGAUUUGGCUCUAAUGUCCAAAUGCCUGAUUUUCUCAAAGGAAACAAAACAACUAUCCACUGCAGAAACCAAUCAUUCUCGAUGUGUUGCUAAAGAUGAAGAAAUCGCUGAAUGUGGUAGUCAAACUGAUGCAAUAGAACAAACUGUAGAAAUUCCAAUCAAACGGACAUCAGCAUCACAUAGAACUUGCUUUGUUUGCCAAAAAACAGAUGGAAGUUCAUCUAAAGUAUUAUCUACAGAACAACAAAAAUCAGCUUUUAUCAAGCGUGGUAUUGUUAUACCUGCCGGAAGUCGUUUUUGUCGUGAUCAUCUGUAUGGAAAGCAUUUAACCUUCGAAGCUUUACAUCAAAUUGUACCCACAAAGACUGAACCAGUAGUAUUUGAUGCCAAAGGUGUUAUGGAAUUAAUAACAGAAUGCUGCACGAUGGUUCAAGACACGAAAACAUUUGAUUUCGAUGACCCAACGUCUUUAAAUGAUGAUGCAUAUUACAAUUUAACGGGUUUAGAGAAAGAUCAAUUUGAUAAUCUGCUCAGUACUCUAACAUCAAUGCGCAACUCUUAUGUUCGAUCAAUUCGUGUAGGUUUGGCGCUCUUUCUGGUUAAAAUGCGUUUAGGCGUUAGUAACAGAGUACUAUCUUUUCUAUUUCACAUGAAAAACAAGCGUGUAGUUUCUCGAAUUGUUCAUGCAAUAGCCGAAGGACUACUCAAGAACUUUGUUCCUAAACAUCUUGGUUUCCAACACAUCGAUAGAAGAACUGUUCUUAACUGUCAUCAAACCUUAAUUGCUUCACAACUGAUGGCUGAUAGAGAUGAUCAAGUGAUUCUAGUAAUGGAUGGAGCUUAUUUGUUCAUACAAAAGUCGAGCAGCAAUCAAUUUCAACGUCGAUCAUUCAGUAUGCAUAAACACAGGAACUUGAUCAAACCUAUGAUCACAACUGCAACAGAUGGAUACAUUCUUAGUGUACAAGGUCCAUACCUUGCAGAUGGUCGAAAUAACGAUGCGUCCGUUGCCAAAAAUAUUUUUAUCCACAACGAGGAAGAUGUGUUAAAUUGGCUUAACAAGGAUGACGUUAUAGCAGUUGAUCGUGGCUUUAGAGAUCCCGUCAAGACAAUAUAUAGAUUUGGCUUUAACGUCCAAAUGCCUGAUUUUCUCAAAGGAAAAAAACAACUAUCCUCUGCAGAAGCCAAUCAUUCUCGAUGUGUUGCUAAAGUGAGAUGGAUUAUCGAAAGUGGAAGCUUGAAUUCAAAUCUAAUAAAUGUUGCGAGCGAUUUCAGUCAAAUCUUAUCAAAUCCAAACCCAAAUCCAACUCUAGAAUUGGAUUUGAAUUUAAUUGGAGUUGGAUUUGGUGCAUACCUAGUAUUGGCAUCCAUAGUAGGUUCAUCAGGACAUAUCACAGCAAUUGAUUCAGCAGAUCUUUCAUAUGGUUCUCCAUAUACUCUUGGUGAGGCUCAGAAACAUUUGAAGAAUUCAUCGUUAGGAGCUCAGAUCAUGUUUAUACAAACUGAUGUCCAUCAAUUAUUAUUAGAUGAUCCAACACUUACUUAA